CAUUCGGCAGCAACAACGGCUACUUGUCCCUCAUCCCCUCGUCUUCCAUUUGAAUCCCAAGCCUCUCCUUCUCCUUCGCCCCUUCUUCUCAUAUGAGAUCUCCGAUAUCGCGAUCCGCCAUGUCAACCUCGUCUCCCACCUCGUCGUCCACUCCCACGGUGCCCAGCGGCGGCGGCGCGGCCCGCUGCCUCUCGGCGAUCUCCUCCCGGAGGAAGAGCCCCAACCGCAGCGGCGGAAGCUCCCGCAAGAGUUCAGGCUCGAGAGAGUUUGGAUGCUCAAUUUUGAAUUCUGUGAAUAAGUCGAUGUCCCAGUUCAAAAAGUCCGUAAAUCACAGAAGUGGUUCUCCUAUUGAUUGGUUCCCUAGGAAAAAGACUGAAUCUUACCUAAAGAGAAAGAUAAAGCGUCUUCAGGAGACUGAUGGUAUGACCGCAUCCCUUCAUGACACUCUUGGAAAUGCAAAUCCUCACUAUACUAGGAUGGCGAGGGAGAAAAUUGCGGCUAGAGAAGCAGCGAGAAAGGCAAUGGAAGCUCGAAAGGCUGCUAUGGUUGAAGCUUCAUGGUGUAGAAUUCUUCAAACAGCUAGGAUCCAAAACAAACAAGCUGAAGACCUUAUGGAAAAGGCCAAGUUAAAUGCAACUGAAGCAUUUGAAAAAGCUAGAGUAAUAGGUGUGAUGAUGUAUGACAGACCUGAUUGUCCAAGUAAGCAGUAUGAGGUGGAAUCAUCACAUUAUGCUGAUGAAAGAUCAACUCACAAGGUUACAGCUUCCUUUCAAACUGGUUUUGAGGUUGAUAUGGAGGUUGCUGCAGCAGUGAAAAAGGCAUUUGUUCGACUUGCAAACUCUCCCGAUUCGUCAAACCAAGAAGAGUUUAAGGAGCUAUUAUGGAAAAUUAGCCGAAAUCCUGCCGUUUCAGAUAUUGAUGUGAAUUCUGAAGCUGAACAGCACCUGGGUGAUUGUAACAAUGAAGAAACAAAUAAUUUCGAAUUCAGUAACAAAACCUCCAGAACCAGCAUCUUUCCAUCUGAUUUCAACACCACGAAUGUAGUACAUCAACCCAACGAUCUUGUGAACAUUAUGCUUGAAAGGAUAAAAGCUCUCCAUGAAGAUGACCUUGCCUCUUUGGCCGUCAUUGUUGCCACAUCUGGCCUAAAUGCAGCGCUUCAAUGUGAUAGGGGCAAAUAUUAUGAAACGAAGCCUGCAAACUACACUGCUGCUGCAUCACACAGAUCACAAUCAAGAAGGUAUUCCACUGCAGCCAGUUUCGUUGAUAUACAAGGACCAAAGAAAGAAGUCCCGUCUGAGUUACCAAGUCUGGACAAGUUUCUUGUCAAACAUCUUUCAAAACUCGAAAUAGAAGUUCAGGAAGCAAGAGAAGCAGACAGAAAAGGUACCACAGUAAAACCUGUUGAGCAAAAUUUCGAGAACCAACUUAGAAGCAGCAACACAAAAGAACUAGAAUCUGCUUCUGGCAUAGGUAGCAUCCUUGUGCAGCAUCAGCAUGUGUCUAUGCUUGAGAAAGAUACUUUGGAAACCAAGAAGAGCAACCAAUGUGUUAAUCCUUCAGGAGGGAGUAAGGAUAUUAAAGCGUAUACUAUGAAAGAUAUACAAGCCAGCAACAGAGAAUGUGGAUUGUGCAAUGCUGAGUCAGAAGCCUUGUGUAACAGCGAUUUGAAGGGGAGUUGUGCUUCCAUUGGAUCAGGUGAAGAAAGCAAUUGCAUCCAUGCCUGUUGUAAUUCUUCACAGGAAGAUAAGGAGAACAAAACUGUAAUUUCACAUCAGUUACCACCCUCAGGUGCAAAGCGUAGCCAGGGUGGUAAAAGAUUGACUCGAAUUGAAGCUGCCAAGCUUGAAGCGCUUCAAGCUUUCUGUACUAAGGAUAGUAGUGCAUUAGAUGUUGGCCUCGAUAAGGUCUUUGUUAAGCCAAUUCAUAGAUUGGAGAUGGAAAAGAGGAAAUCACUCGAACAAGAACCAGCCAACACGCAGAAAGAUAAACAGAAGAAUUGUCACAACACCACAGUUAGUUUAGAUGAAAUCUUGGUGAAGCACAUAUCUAGACUGGAAAGGGAAAAAAUGGAAUAUGAAAAGAGGAUUGCCUUGGGAGAAGAAAAGAGUACUGUAUCACAUGAUGUGCGGAAGCAUGGUAACAAUGUGACAGCAUCAGAGAGUUUGGAUCAAGUCUUAGUAAAACAUGUCAGUCGACUAGAAAGAGAGAAGAUGGAUUAUGAAAAGAGAAAUCCAUUAGGGCAAGGAAGGACUGUUGUGCAUGAUCAGAAGAAGCAUGGUGACAAUGACAUAGCAUCUGAUAGUUUAGACCAGAUCUUAGUUAAACAUGUCACCAGGCUUGAAAAGGAGAAGACGAAACAUGAAAAGGAGGGUGGUAUGUUCUUUGUAAAGAAGAGUGAUAAACAAUGUGCUGAGGAAGCAGUCGGAGGUCUGGCUGACAUCUUUCUCAAGCGUCCAACAAAGCUUGAGCAAGCCAAACAGGCUGCUGCUGCUGAAAAAGAAAAUCUGACAAGUGGCUUCAACCCUGCUGAACAGCGAAGAAAAGCAAGGGAAAAAGAGCUCCUGGAUGCAUGGGGUGGAGAGGGGCUGGGGAGCUCAGCGAAGCCCUACCUGUCCAAGAUUGACAGUGACAAGGCUGCAUGGAGAAAAUCAGAGGAAGAACAGAAGCAGGACCGCAGAAGAGCAAGAGAGAAGGAGCUUUUGGAUGCAUGGGGAGGAGUAGAGCUGGGGAACUCGAUGAAGCCACAUCUCUCCAGGAUUGAGAGGGACAAGGCUGCAUGGAGAAAAUUAGAGGAAGAACAGAAGCAGAUAUGUGCCACAAGGGAACUGUAACUUUGAUGAAUAGGUACAAGUCUUUUAAUGUUUGCCAUUUUGUAUGUAUGUACGCUUCAUGCUCAGGAAAACAUGGAUGCCAUCAUAAUCUUUUUCCUGUAUAUUGUUUGCUGACAAAACGAACACUGUAAAACUUCCAUGUCAGAGGAAAGCAAGAUCUGCAACUUUGUGCCUAA